UGAAGCUACAAUUUUCUGCAAAAUCCUCCGAACACAGAUCUACAGAAGAACAAUUUGUUAUUUUUCAGGUAAAAGUAGUCUACAACAGGGGAUAGAUUGCGGUGAUAAUAUUGUGUAGCCUACGCGUCAUGUUAAUGUAAAGUGAACUACUGUAUAUCCGCCUAUAAUUUAUGUGAUUUUUUUUGUCACAACACUUCCGGAUAUGCGGGCGCUGGUUUUCAAGGAGAAAAAACAUUUUUGCCGAAACUGGAAGUCCGUCUUUUAACAAUCGGUUAUAGUUGCAGAACGACUGAAUGUUUUGUUACAUGGUCACCGUACCAAUUUUGUUACAUUGUUGCUAGCCUUGGGAAUGCGGAAACAUCCAAAUUAGUGGGCUUUUGAAGAGAUUAUCCCGAUACAACAAAUACUGUGGAAACUGUUUUUUGACCAGUGUAUGGAUUUUUUCUUUUUCACACUUUCCACCCAUAAAUACCGAUAUGCAGAUAGUCUUUUUAUUUAUAGUUUCUCUAUUUUUAACGAAUGGUGCAACAAAACCGCCUGCGGAGGUUGUAGAUCCUGAAUAUGGUGAGUGGAGAGAGCCGAGGCUAACUUGAUUUUCAAUUAAACAGAUGUCAUGAGUUUAUGCGACUCGAGUUGGGGAUGGUGAAAAACCAAACAUCCCACACACAUAACAGUUGCCAAAGAAUACAUCAUAAAAGUAUUUUCCUUAUGGAAAUAAUAUCUGAAGGAAAAACAUUUUCAGACUUUGCAUAGGAGACUAUAUUCAACCACAUGUACACGCCAAUAUAGCAAUCAUGGCAGCAAUACUAGUAGAACUACUGGGUUAACCACCCGAGCACUUGAUGUGUUAUGAGAAAACUGCCACAGAGUUAUGAGAGAACUGUUGUGAUAUAAUAUAAUAAAAUGGAACAGUUUUAGGUUGGUAUAUGAAUGUUUUUGUGUUGGUGGAAUUCAGUCAGGAAAGUGUGUUUGUACUUAUCAGUUCUGUUAUCCUCUGCCUUUCUUUCAGACUUUCUCAGUUCCAUGCUUUCAGACUUUGAGGUGCUGCCCCUCGCCAGUCUCCAGACUCACUCGGUCCGGCGACGGGACCUCCAGACACAGACCCACGUGGAACGACAUCUCAGCUUCACUGCCUUACAGAGGUAGGAACUCCACGGCUGUGUCCCUAUGGGCCCUGGUCAAAAGUAGUGCAGUUUAUAGGGAAUAGGGUUCCAUUGGGAUGCACAUCAAAGGUCAAUGCCUCCGUUGCACUAGUCACUGAUCUUAUUAAUGAGCUUUGUGAUUGACUCACUCUGUGUCUUACUCUGUUUGUGUGUGCUAGGCAUUUCAAGCUGUACCUGAGGACCAACACGGAGCUGUUCACAGAGGACUUCAGGGCCGUGUUCGUGGAUGAGGAUGGACAGGAGGACAGUUACGAGGUCAACAGACAGAACUUCUUCACCGGCCAUGUCAUAGGUAAGACCGACACCACAUGGUUGGGCUCAGAAGCCACCAGACUGAGGUCCAUUAAGGGGCUUUAAAGUGCUAAAUUGAUUAUAAAAGAUUGUGCCCACCAGUAUCAUAUGGACUCAUCAACCUUAGACCACUUUUGAGGUCUAAAAACAUUUGGCUAACAUCUGAUUUUGGAGUAAACUAUCACUUUAACGUCUCUUAGUGCCUCAGGAAUUUGGCUUUGUCCCGUGUUUAUAUUUUGUGGUCUUUCUCAGCAUAGUGUUUUACUGAGCGUUGUCCAUUUGAAGGGGAGGAGAACUCCAGAGUGCAGGCGCAUAUCGAUGACAAUGACUUCUCGGCACACAUCCUCACUGACGGAGCAGAGUACAACAUUGAGGUAUAGUAUCACACUAUUUCUACAGCAGAUUGUGAUAUUACAACAAUAUGACAAUCUACUCUGAAAUGACUCAGUGUGUGUGAUGAAUAUUCUGUAUAUAAUCCACCUGAGUUUAUAAUCGUAUAAAACCUUCCUUCCUGGGCAGAGCCGUGGUGAAGUGGUAACACUCCUGGCAUAUGUCACAUAUAAAAAUCUCCCCACCGGAGACCGGGGCUCAAUCCCUGUGCCCACCCUUCCCAAUGUUUCUCUCACCUGCCUGAAUCCUCUUCUGAUUACCCUAAUCCUUUGUUUUUUUACUCCCUUUCCUUCCUCAGCCCCUGUGGAGGUUCACGUCGGCGCCCCCCGAUGGCCGUUUGUUGAUAUACCGCCCUGAGGACAUAAGGAACAUCAGCCGACUGGCCUCGCCCAAAGUCUGUGGCUACGUGAAGACUGACUCCAAUGACCUGCUGCCUGAGAGCAUGAGAUCAGCUAGACUGGAGGAGGAAGGUGAGGAGGGUGAGUAUGGGGAGGGAGGGAGGGAGGGAGGGGGGGAGGUAAAGGUUGAGCAGAAUUUAACUCAGUUGAGUUAAUCUAUUAUUCAUGCUAGCUUAAUUAUAAGGCAGCUAUAAUGGCACACCCAUGAUGAUGACGACAUAACUGCAGGGAAUAUGGCUAUGGUGUGUGAACCAAAUAACUCUUUAGAGGAAGCACUCAGUAAUCUCAGCUGCUGCUGUUAAUUGUAUGGCAUGAGAUGUCUAAUUGCAAUAUUCGUGAAAUUGACAGCAUGAAUCUGCCCAAGGCUCUACUUAUGGCGGUGCAGUGUAGAAAAUAAAAGUGCUGUGUAGUUCAAGCUUGACAAUGUCUCUAUGGCGCUCACUGGCAAUGAAACAGUAUCUCCUCUCCACUCCUCCACAGAGCCCCUGGUCAGAGAGAAGAGACAGGUCCAUGACCACAAGAAGAACACUUGUCCUUUACUCCUGGUGGCUGACCAUCGCUUCUUCCAAGAGAUGGGCCGUGGCGAGGAGAGCACUACCCUCAACUACCUGGUGGGGGCGCUGUUCAGCCAGAUGCUAUGUAUGUGUCCCAGAUGGCACCCUAUUCCCUAUGUAUUGCCCCUUCUUUUGACCAGGACUUAUAGGGCUCUGGUCAAAAGUAGUGCACUAUAUAGGGAACAGGGUGCCAUUUGGGAUGCAUCCUAUGUUGUGUGGGGUAUUCUUUGGCUUGAUGGAUGUGUAUGCACGCAUGACUGUAAGUCGCUUUGGAUAAAAGCGUCUGCUAAAUGGCAUAUUAUUAUUAUUAUUAUUAUUAUUAUGUGAAAACACAAUUUCUCCCUGUUGUGAUUGGUCGGUCAGAUCGAGCUGAUUGACCGCGUGGAUGACAUCUACAGGUCGACGUCGUGGGAUGACGAGUAUAAAGGAUACGGCGUUCAGAUCCAACAGGUGAGCUAGCUGAGACAGGCUAAGGACGACCCAUGAUAUGUUCCACUACCACCUCUCAGAUGAUUGUCUUUUCUCCCCCUUUUUCCCUGUUUUAUUUCUUAAGGAGAAUGGAGCCUCGUCCUCCUUCAGUAUUUUCAGUUUAUUUACACAGUUUGGAAUGUAGAUAAAGAAAUAUAGUUGAUGAGGGGAGAAAGUGAGGAAGUGGCUGGGGUAGGAUUCCAUCCCAUGUCGCUCCUGGACAAUAUGUGCUCAGUGGACUGCAGCACUACCGCGUUGCUAUGCUGCCGGAACAGAUGAUCACUGUCUGUUCCAUGAGGUGUGAUUGAUGAUAGAUGGUUCUUCCUUCCCAUCAUUCUCAAUCUCUAAUCUUCCAUGUAGAUCAUCAUUGAGAAGCUCCCCACCCGCGUACCUCCAGGGGAGGCCCACUUCAACAUGAGGGGAAGUCCCGUAGAGGGUAAGGAUGUCUGGGACGUGAAGAAGCUUUUGGAGGUGAGCAGCAUGUUCAGUCAUCUGAGUAAUGACAUAAUAGUCAUAUACUGUAUGAUAAUAGGCCAUCAUUUUCCCUCAUCGCAGCAAUUCAGUGUGGACAUAGCAGACAACGCGUCCAAGGUGUGUCUGGCUCACCUGUUCACCUACCAGGACUUUGACGAGGGGACCCUGGGCCUGGCCUACGUGGCCCCCUCCAGACAGGGCAUCCCUGGGGGCCUCUGCUCAGAGAGUAAGAUUGCGUCCCAAAUAGCACCCUAUUCCCUAUGUAGUGUACUACUUUUGACCAAGUCCCAUGUCCUAAAUGACACCCUAUUCUCCUAGGCCCAUAAGGCGAAUAUAUACUAUAUAGGGAAUAGGGUUCCAUUUGGGACGCAUAAAAGCCUCCCGUCAACAACCGUCAACACAUUAACCUUGACCACAACUCUGACAUUGGUAAACUGAUAUUGGAAAAUUCCACUUUGAGUUUUGCCUUCUCUGUCAUCAGAGUGCCCUCCGUCAUCGCCUGAGACGAGAGCUAUUUAUCUCAACACUGGGCUCACCAGCACUAAGAACUAUGGGAAAACUAUUCUGACCAAGGUGGGUUUAUGAGACUCUGUGGGCUGGUGUCCCAGACACAGAUUAAAUUAAAACAAUUUAAUUCUCCAUUGGGCAUAUUUUUUUGUCCAGAACUAGGCUUAAUCUGUGUCUGGGAGACCGCCCCUGCAAGAUGCUUAGAAUUUGGAACAUCCAAAUGUACACAAAGGCAAUAUCUAUUAUUCUGGCUGAACCUUUAUUGGAAUAGGCGCCAUCAUAUUUCAUUAAUAUAACCUUUACUUAUGGUUUGCCCUCAGGAGGCAGACCUGGUGACGACUCACGAGCUGGGCCAUAACUUUGGGGCAGAGCAUGACCCUGAUAACAUCCCCUACUGUGCUCCCAGGGAAGACCAGGGGGGCAAAUACGUCAUGUACCCCAUCGCUGUGAGCGGAGACCACGUCAACAACAAGGUUCUAAUACCCUCCUUUUUCCCACACGACAAACCAAACAUCAACCUUAAGCGAAGUCUUUAUUAUACCAAGAAUGAUUAUAGAUGUGUCCAAAAUGGCACCCUAGGCCAUAGGGCUCUGGUCAGAAGUAGUGCACUAUGAAGAAAAUAGGGUGCCAGUUCGGACCCAGUUUAUGACCUUGUUUUGUAUCCCCAGCUGUUCUCCGACUGCAGUAAGAUCUCCAUUGUGAAGCGUCUGAGGAACAAGGCUCCAGUGUGCUUCAGGGAGAGGAACAGUAACGUGUGUGGGAACAGCAGGGUGGAACAGGGUGAGGAGUGUGACCCGGGACUGCUGCACAUCAACGACGACCGCUGCUGUACCUCCGACUGCAAGCUCCGCCCCACAGCCAAGUGCAGGUGAGCCCUCUCUGGAACCACCAACCCUCGGAUACCUGCACACCACACCCACUCAGGUUACAGGUUAUAGUUUGUGAUAUGUUGUAUGAAUGUUAUAAAGAAUGAUUGAAUCAUCUAUCUGGGAUAUCACCCUGUAUUACCAUGACCGAUUCUUUCCCUCUCUCUCUCUCUCUUCCUCCCUCUUUCUCUCGCGCGAUCUCUCUCUCGCUCUCUCUCUGUCUUCCUCACUCUCUAUCCCUCUCCCUCUCUACUCCCUCCCUUUCUCUCUGGAUGUAGUGACAGGAACAGUGCAUGUUGUAAGCUGUGCCAGUAUGAGAAGGAGGGCAAGGUGUGCCAGGAACCCAUCAGUGCCACCUGUAAGGGCAAGUCCUACUGCACAGGUAGGUUGAUAUCACCUGAUACCACCCAGAGAGGGAGCCACACCACUACACCAUACUCAUGUCUACAGGUCCUAAUAAAACAUGAGUGAAAUAAUGAAAUAUGUCUUAGUUCAUUGUUAUUUCUAUGUCCUUUUAUAAACAAUGACUUUAUAAAGUCAUAUUUUUGUUCCCAGGCAACAGUAGUGAUUGUCCGUCUCCUGAGAACGCCCCUGACAAGACGGUGUGUUUGGACAACGGAGAGUGUCUGGACGGUGUGUGUAUCCCCUUCUGUGAGGCCGUCAAGAACCUGCAGUCCUGCGCCUGCAAUGGUACGCUCCCCUCACCAUCACCACCCUUCCUUUAGAGGCUGUAGUGGACUAAUCCAACCUCAAGACUUAAUAUAAUAUCAUAUGCCAUUAAGCAGUAGUGUGUGCAUUGAACUUCGGAUGGGUGGCCUCAGCGGGAAUUGAACCCACGAUCCUGACAUUACAAGCGCCAUGCUCUACCAACUGAGCCACAUAGAACCUGUAUACGCUAUGUGUUCUGCUCUAUUAAAGAUGCAUUUUACUUAUAAUAUAUAAUUUACUUUAUAAUUAAUAUUAAUACAUAAAAAUAAGCGAUACUACAGUAUGUUGUUCAGUGUUGUUUUUCCUCUCCUCUCUAGAAACCAACUCGUCAUGUAAAGUGUGCUGUCGUAGCACCAGUGGAGUGUGCGCCCCAUACCAGGACGACGGAGGGGACUUCAUCUACCUCCGCAAGGGCAAACCCUGCACUGUGGGCUUCUGUGACGGAGCAGUAAGUGACCCCUGACCUCUUGACACUCACCCUCUAGUGUAUUAUAUAUUGAUAUUACAGCCCUUUUCACUUGGUUGGUUUUGCACAUAGAAAUGGAAUCACUAGAACAGCCAUUUUGAGUGUAUCUCUGAGUCAAAAGAAAACAUUAAUAAAGAUUGUUGAUGUUAAGUGGAUGCUUCUUAACCUUCUGUGUACAACACCAAGAAAAGUUUUUUAUUUGUAUUCCUUUUUAAGGGGGGGGGGGGUAGAUCAUCUUUAUCAAUGUAAUUGUUUGCAUAAUUUUCAAUCCCCCUUAAUUAUUUCUAUAUAUAAAAAGAAAUCCCGAUACUUUCCCCCACAUACGCUACCAUCCCUGCCCUAAUUGGAGUAAAUUAACAGACAACAAUACUUAUUUUGCUACUUAAAGCUAUUUCACUCACAUCUAGCAACAAGUCUUGCAUGGCAGUACAGUUUUCUUUUCUGGAUUGCUGUGGUCUGAGGGCCUUGUUUCUAUUCUCUAGUAAUUCUAUUUCUAGGGUUUUGUAACUAGCAUGUGAUAUUUUUGUCUUAUUCAGGGUAAAUGUAUGAAGCAAGUCCAGGAUGUCAUUGAGAGGCUGUGGGAUUUCAUUGACAAGCUGGACAUCAACACAUUUCGGAAGUUUUUGGCGGACAACAUCGUGGGCUCUGUGGUGGUCUUCUCCUUGGUCUUCUGGGUCCCCCUCAGCAUCCUGGUUCACUGUAUGGUAGGCGUUAUGUUUGUUCCUUGAUGAAUGACAAACUGGGGCAUUGGUUUAGCUACCUAUAAUGACAAGAUUCUUGAGCUAGCAAAAUACAUUGGUGUGUAGCCAAGCAAGGCAUUAUAUCCACAUCCACGUUGUGCAUGUUGCAUUAUGGGAACCGUAGUGUUUUUUUAUUAAGACAUAAUAAUACAUUAGGUGCCCAUACUCAGAAAUUCUGAGUUGUCAUCAAUCACCUAAUACUGUACAUGCUGUUAUCAUGUUAUUAUAUAGUACCUGUCACAUGGUAUUAUCACAUCUAACAUAUUUUUCCCACUUCCAGGAUAAAAAACUGGAUCAGCAGUAUGAACAGACCACCAAGUCUCUGCUUUUCCCCAGUGUAAGUACUGUUUGAGUCUGUUAUCUUAUUUAUAUACAGGACCAGUCAAAAGUUUGGACACACCUACUCAUUCAAGGGUUUUUCUUUAUUUUUACUAUUUUCUACAUUGUAGAAUAAUAGUGAAGACAUCAAAACCAUGAAAUAACACAUAUGGAAUCAUGUAGUAACCAAAAAAGUGUUAAACAAAUCAAAAUAUAUUUUAUAUUUGAGAUUCUUCAAAGUAGCCUCACCUGGAAUGCUUUUCCAACAGUCCUGAAGGAGUUCCCACAUAUGCUGAGCACUUGUUGGCUGCUUUUCCUUCACUCUGCGGUCCAACUCUUGGCAUUCUCUCAACCAGCUUCACCUGGAAUGCUUUUCCAACAGUCUUGAAGGAGUUCCCACAUAUUUAAAUAUAAAUUUAAAUAUGCCAUUUAGCGGACGCUUUUAUCCAAAGCGACUUACAGUCAUGCGUGCAUACAUUUUUGUGUAUGGGUGGUCCCGGGGAUCGAACCCACUACCUUGGCGUUACAAGCGCCGUGCUCUACCAGCUGAGCUACAGAGCACUUGUUGGCUGCUUUUCCUUCACUCUGCCGUCCAAUUCAUCCCAAACCAUCUCAAUUGGGUUGAGGUUGGGUGAUUGUGGAGGCCAGGUCAUCUGAUGCAGCACUCCAUCACUCUCCUUCUUGGUCAAAUAGGCCUUACACAGCUUGGAGGUGUGUUGGGACAUUGUCCUGUUGAAAAACAAAUGAUAGUCCUGCUAAGCGCAAACCAAAUGGGAUGGCGUAUCGCUGCAGAAUGCUGUGGUAGCCAUGCUAGUUAAGUGUGCCUUGAAUUCUAAAUAAAUCACACAGUGUCACCAGCAAAGCACCACCACACCACCUCCUCCAUGCUUCACAGUGGGAACCACACAUGUGGAGAUCAUCCGUUCACCUACUCUGCGUCUCACAAAGACACUGCGGUUGGAACCAAAAAUCUCACAUUUGGACUCAUCAGACCAAAGGACAGAUUUCCACCGGUCUAAUGUCCAUUGUUCAUGUUUCUUGGCCCAAGCAAGUCUCUUCUUCUUAUUGGUGUCUUUUUAGUAGUGGUUUCUUUGCAGCAAUUCGACCAUGAAGGCCUGAUUCACGCAGUCUCCUCUGAACAGUUGAUGUUUAGAUGUGUCUGUUACUUGAACGCAAUUUCUGAGGCUGGUAACUCUAAUGAACUUAUCCUCUGCAGCAGAGGUAACUCUGGGUCUUCCUUUUCUGUGGCGGUCCUCAUGAGAGCCAGUUUCAUGAUAGCGCUUGAUGGUUUUUGCGACUGCACUUGAAGAAACGUUCAGUUCUCGAAAGUUCUCGAAAUGUUCCGUAUUGACUGACCUUCAUGUCUUAAAGUAAUGAUGGACUGUCGUUUCUCUUUGCUUAUUUGAGCUGUUCUUGCCAUAAUAUGGACUUGGUCUUUUACCAAAUAGGGCUAUCUUCUGUAUACCACCCCUACCUUGUCACAACACAACUGAUUGGCUCAAACGCAUUAAAAAGGAAAUAAAUUCCACAAAUUAACUUUGAAGAAGGCACACCUUUUUAAUUGAAAUGCAUUCCAGGUGACUACCUCAUGAAGCUGGUUGAGAGAAUGCCAAGAGUGUUCAAAGAUGUCAUCAAGGCAAAGGGUGGCUACUUUGAAGAAACUCAAAUAUAACAUAUUUUGAUUUGUUUAACACUUUUUUGGUUACUGGUUUUGGUUAUGAUUCCAUAUGUGUUAUUUCAUAGUUUUGAUGUCUUCACUAUUAUUCUACAAUGUAGAAAAUAGUAAUGUAAAGAAAAACAAUGAGUAGGUGUGUCCAAUCUUUUGACUGGUAGUGUAAGUAUUUAUAUAUAUAUACUGCUCAAAAAAAUAAAGGGAACACUUAAACAACACAUCCUAGAUCUGAAUGAAUUAAAUAAUCUUAUUAAAUACUUUUUUCUUUACAUAGUUGAAUGUGCUGACAACAAAAUCACACAAAAAUUAUCAAUGGAAAUCAAAUGUAUCAACCCAUGGAGGUCUGGAUUUGGAGUCACCCUCAAAAUUUAAGUGGAAAACCACACUACAGGCUGAUCCAACUUUGAUGUAAUGUCCUUAAAACAAGUCAAAAUGAGGCUCAGUAGUGUGUGUGGCCUCCACGUGCCUGUGUGACCUCCCUACAACGCCUGGGCAUGCUCCUGAUGAGGUGGCGGAUGGUCUCCUGAGGGAUUUCCUCCCAGACCUGGACUAAAGCAUCCGCCAACUCCUGGACAGUCUGUGGUGCAAUGUGGCGUUGGUGGAUGGAGCGAGACAUGAUGUCCCAGAUGUGCUCAAUUGGAUUCAGGUCUGGGGAACGGGCGGUCCAUAGCAUUUAUUUAUUUAUUUAUUUUUAUUUUUAGUCAUUUAGCAGACGCUCUUAUCCAGAGCGACUUACAGGGGCAAUUAGGGUUAAGUGCCUUGCUCAAGGGCACAUCGGCAGAUUUUUCACCUAGUCGGCUCUGGGAUUAGAACCAGCGACCUUUCGGUUACUGGCACAACGCUCUUACCCACUAAGCUACCUGCCGCCCAUCAAUGCCUUCCUCUUGCAGGAACUGCUGACACACUCCAGCCACAUGAGGUCUAGCAUUGUCUUGCAUUAAGAGGAACCCAGGGCCAACCGCACCAGCAUAUGGUCUCACAAGGGGUCUGAGGAUCUCAUCUCGGUACCUAAUGGCAGUCAGGCUACCUCUGGCGAGCACAUGGAGGGCUGUGCGGCCCCCCAAAGAAAUGCCACCCCACACCAUGACCCACCGCCAAACCGGUCAUGCUGGAGGAUGUUGCAGGCAGCAGAACGUUCUCCACGGCGUCUCCAGACUCUGUCACGUCUGUCACAUGUGCUCAGUGUGAACCUGCUUUCAUCUGUGAAGAGCACAGGGCGCCAGUGGCGAAUUUGUCAAUCUUGGUGUUCUCUGGCAAAUGCCAAACGUCCUGCACGGUGUUGGGCUGUAAGCACAACCCCCACCUGUGGACGUCGGCCCUCAUACCACCCUGAUGGAGUCUGUUUCUGACCGUUUGAGCAGACACAUGCACAUUUGUGGCCUGCUGGACGUUAUUUUAUUUUACGGCCUCCUCCACGUCUCCUGAUGUACUGGCCUGUCUCCUGGUAGCGCCUCCAUGCUCUGGACACUACGCUGACAGACACAGCAAACCUUCUUGCCACAGGUCGCAUUGAUGUGCCAUCCUGGAUGAGCUGCACUACCUGAGCCACUUGUGUGGGUUGUAGACUCCGUCUCAUGCUACCACUAGAGUGAAAGCACCGCCAGCAUUCAAAAGUGACCAAAACAUCAGCCAGGAAGCAUAGGAACUGAGAAGUGGUCUGUGGUCACCACCUGCAGAACCACUUCUUUAUUGGGGGUGUCUUGCUAAUUGCCUAUAAUUUCCACCUGUUGUCUAUUCCAUUUGUACAACAGCAUGUGAAAUGUAUUGUCAAUCAGUGUUGCUUCCUAAGUGGACAGUUUGAUUUCACAGAAGUGUGAUUGACUUGGAGUUACAUUGUGUUGUUUAAGUGUUCCCUUUAUUUUUUUGAGCAGUGUGUAUAUAUAUAUAUAUAUAUAUUUGAACGGUAGUAUGUGUAUACAGCUCUGGAAAAAAGUAAGAGACCACUGCAAAAUUAUCAGUUUCUCUGGUUUUACUAUUUAUAGGUAUGUGUUUGGGUAAAAAUAUCAUUUUUGUUUUAUUUUAUAAACUACUGACAACAUUUCUCCCAAAUUCCAUUGUCAUUUAGAGCAUUUAUUUGCAGAAAAUGACAACUGGUCAAAAUAACAAAAAAUAUGCAGUGUUGUCAGACCUCGAAUAAUGCAAAGAAAAUAAUACUAAUACUAAUACAACACAAUACUAAUGUUUUAACUUAGGAAGAGUUCAGAAAUCAAUAUUUGGUGGAAUAACCCUGAUUUUCAAUCACAGCUUUCAUGCGUCUUGGCAUGCUCUCCACCAGUCUUUCACAUUGAUGUUGGGUGACUUUAUGCCACUCCUGGCGCAAAAAUUCAAGCAGCUCGGCUUUGUUUGAUGGCUUGUGACCAUCCAUCUUCCUCUUGAUCACAUUCCAGAAGUUUUCUAUGGGGUUCAGGUCUGGAGAUUGGGCUGGCCAUGACAGGGUCUUGAUCUGGUGGUCCUCCAUCCACACCUUGAUUGACCUGGCUGUGUGGCAUGACACAUUGUCCUGCUGGAAAAACCAUCCUCAGAGUUGGGGAACAAUGUCAGAGCAAAAGGAAGCAAGUUUUCUUCCAGGACAACCUUGUACGUGGCUUGAUUCAUGCAUCCUUCAUAAAGACAAAUCUGCCCGAUUCCAGCCUUGCUGAAGCACCCCCAGAUCAUCACCGAUCCUCCACCAAAUUUCACAGUGGGUCCGAGACACUGUGGCUUGUAGGCCUCUCCAGGUCUCCGUCUAACCAUUAGACGACCAGGUGUUGGGCAAAGCUGAAAAUUGGACUCAUCAGAGAAGAUUACCUUACUUCAGUCCUCUACGGUCCAAUCCUUAUGGUAUUUCGCAAACCUCAGCCUGGCUCUUCUUUGCUUCUCAUUUGAUGAAGGGCUUUUUUCUAACUUUGCACGACUUCAGCCCUGCCCCUAAGAGCCUGUUUCGAACCGUCCUCGCCGUGCACUUCACCCCAGCUGCCGUUUGCCAUUCUUUUUGUAUGUCACUUGAUGUCAUCCUAUGGUUGUUGAGUGACGUUCGAAUGAGUUGGCAGUCAUCCCGGUUAGUAGAGAGUCAUUUUCGCCUUCUGCCGGUCUGUAGCUUUGUUGUCCCCAAUGUCUGCUGCUUGACCUUGUUCUUAUGAACCGCCGUCUUUGACAUUUGGAGGAUGGAAGCAACCUGACGCUCACUGUAUCCCUCUGCCAGUAAAGCCAGAAUUGAACCCUUCUUUUCCUCUCUCAAAACUUUCCAUUUUAACUCUUUUGGCAUGGUCAAUAGUUAUAGUUAUUUUUUUAUUAAUAUUACUUUUGAGGUACUAUUAGCACUGUUUUUGCCAUCCAGCUGGUCCUAUUGCAAGAGGAUAGUGAUGACCACAGCAGUGUUUUUUAUACUUUUCCUUGUUAAAUAAGAUUUGGUUCAGGUGAUCACCUAAUCAGUACCUAAUUCAGUAGAAUGAGGUGUGCCUGUGUUGGAAUUCAACAGACACUGGAAUGGAAUGGCUGUCAUACAUGUAGAGAUGCUGAUUUAAGAAACAUUUGCAGUGGUCUCUUAAUUUUUUCCACAGCUGUGUGUGUGUGUGUGUGUGUGUGUGUGUGUGUGUGUGUGUGUGUGUGUGUGUGUGUGUGUGUGUGUGUGUGUGUGUGUGUGUGUGUGUGUGUGUGUGUGUGUGUGUGUGUGUGUGUGUGUGUGUGUGUGUGUGUGUAUAUAUAUAUAUACUGCUCAAAAAAAUAAAGGGAACACUUAAACAACACAAUGUAACUCCAAGUCAAUCACACUUCUGUGAAAUCAAACUGUCCACUUAGGAAGCAACACUGAUUGACAAUAAAUUUCACAUGCUGUUGUGCAAAUGGAAUAGACAACAGGUGGAAAUUAUAGGCAAUUAGCAAGACACCCCCAAUAAAGGACUGGUUUUGCAGGUGGUGACCACAGACCACUUCUCAGUUCCUAUGCUUCCUGGCUGAUGUUUUGGUCACUUUUGAAUGCUGCCGGUGCUUUCACUCUAGUGGUAGCAUGAGACGGAGUCUACAACCCACACAAGUGGCUCAGGUAGUGCAGCUCAUCCAGGAUGGCACAUCAAUGCGAGCUGUGGCAAGAAGGUUUGCUGUGUCUGUCAGCGUAGUGUCCAGAGCAUGGAGGCGCUACCAGGAGACAGGCCAGUACAUCAGGAGACGUGGAGGAGGCCGUAGGAGGGCAACAACCCAGCAUCAGGACUGCUACCUCCGCCUUUGUGCAAGGAGGAGCAGGAGGAGGACUGCCAGAGCCCUGCAAAAUGACCUCCAGCAGGCCACAAAUGUGCAUGUGUCUGCUCAAACGGUCAGAAACAGACUCCAUCAGGGUGGUAUGAGGGCCCGACGUCCACAGGUGGGGGUUGUGCUUACAGCCCAACACCGUGCAGGACGUUUGGCAUUUGCCAGAGAACACCAAGAUUGGCAAAUUCGCCACUGGCGCCCUGUGCUCUUCACAGAUGAAAGCAGGUUCACACUGAGCACAUGUGACAGACGUGACAGAGUCUGGAGACGCCGUGGAGAACGUUCUGCUGCCUGCAACAUCCUCCAGCAUGACCGGAUUGGCGGUGGGUCAUGGUGUGGGGUGGCAUUUCUUUGGGGGGCCGCACAGCCCUCCAUGUGCUCGCCAGAGGUAGCCUGACUGCCAUUAGGUACCGAGAUGAGAUCCUCAGACCCCUUGUGAGACCAUAUGCUGGUGCGGUUGGCCCUGGGUUCCUCCUAAUGCAAGACAAUGCUAGACCUCAUGUGGCUGGAGUGUGUCAGCAGUUCCUGCAAGAGGAAGGCAUUGAUGCUAUGUACUGGCCCCAUUCCCCAGACCUGAAUCCAAUUGAGCACAUCUGGGACAUCAUGUCUCGCUCCAUCCACCAACGCCACGUUGCACCACAGACUGUCCAGGAGUUGGCGGAUGCUUUAGUCCAGGUCUGGGAGGAGAUCCCUCAGGAGACCAUCCGCCACCUCAUCAGGAGCAUGCCCAGGCUUUGUAGGGAGGUCAUACAGGCACGUGGAGGCCACACACACACUACUGAGCCUCAUUUUGACUUGUUUUAAGGACAUUACAUCAAAGUUGGAUCAGCCUGUAAUGUGGUUUUCCACUUUAAUUUUGAGGGUGACUCCAAAUCCAGACCUCCAUGGGUUGAUACAUUUGAUUUCCAUUGAUAAUUUUUGUGUGAUUUUGUUGUCAGCACAUUCAACUAUGUAAAGAAAAAAGUAUUUAAUAAGAUGAUUUCAUUCAUUCAGAUCUAGGAUGUGUUAUUUUAGUGUUCCCUUAAUUUUUUUUAAGCAGUGUGCGUGUAUGUGUGUAUAUAUAUAUAUAUAUAUAUAUAUAUAUAUAUAUAUAUAUAUAUAUAUAUAUAUAUAUAUAUAUAUAUAUAUAUAUAUUUAUUUAUCCACUGUAGUCAUCUUGGUUAUCUGACCCUUGGCUUUGACCCUGCUUGUGUGUCUCCAGAAUGCAGAGUUUAUGAGCAGUCUGGAGUCAGCCUCUGUGCGGAUCUUCAAACCCCCCGCCAUCUCAGCCCUGCGCUUCCAGGCCUCUGGCCCCCAGCAGACCAGCACUCCCCCCAUCCAAGCCCCAGCUCCAGCUCGAACCCCUGGGGCCCUAGCCCCAACCUCCACUCCCAGCCCCAACCAGAGUCCCUUGCCCCCCCUGGAGAGCCCACGCAUGGCCACCAUCCAGGAGGACCCCAGCUUUGACUCCCACCUGGAUGAAGAGGCUCUGGAGGGUGACUUUCCCAUGGGGAGUUCGGCUCCACACUCCUUUGAGGAUCUGACAGAGCACGGACCACUGGCCCGACGCAGCGACAAGGCCCUGUCCUUCAGACUCCAGAGACAGGCCCGCAUCAACAGCAAGGAGACAGAGUGCUGA